UGUUAAUGAAGUACAUGAUCCUACAUAUCAAUACAGGGUUGACACAGGUAAUUUCCAGGGAAUGAAAAUCUUCUUCCUUGUGGUGGCAACCACAUACAUUCUAUACCUUUUGUUCCUGAUAGUGAGGGCAUGCUCAGAACUUCGUAACAUGCCUUACGUUGAUCUCAGGUUAAAAUUCUUGACUGCAUUAACCUUUGUAGUGCUUGUCAUUAGCAUUGUUAUACUCUACCUACGCUUUGGAGCACAAGUUCUACAGGACAACUUUGUUGCUGAGCUGUCGACUCAUUAUCAGAAUUCAGCAGAAUUCUUAUCAUUUUAUGGUUUAUUGAACUUUUAUCUCUACACAUUAGCCUUCGUGUAUUCCCCCUCAAAGAAUGCACUAUAUGAAUCACAGUUGAAAGACAAUCCUGCUUUUUCUAUGCUGAAUGAUUCAGAUGAUGAUGUGAUUUAUGGGAGUGACUAUGAAGAAAUGCCGCUUCAGAAUGGCCAAGCUAUUAGAGCCAAGUAUAAAGAGGAAUCGGACAGUGAUUGA